CUUUACUGCUCCCUCAGAAUGAAUGGCAAUCAUAAAUUGGAUGUUUAUGACCAAAAAAUGAAGGCUUUCAUCCAGCACUUCUCCCAGAUUGUCAAGGUGCUGACUGAGGAUGUCACAGGGCACCUAGAAAUAGAAGAUGCUAUGGCCUGUCUAAAGGAGAGCCUGGAGUACAAUGUUGUCGGAGGCAAGUACACUAGGAGUAUGACUGUGCUGACAGUGAUACAGGACCUGGUGGCUCCGAGAGAGUUGGAGGCUGCCUGCCUCCAGCAGGCCAUGACUGUGGGCUGGUGUGUGGAACUGCUCCAAGCUUUCUUCCUGGUGUCAGAUGACAUUAUGGAUUCAUCCCUUACCCAACGGGGACAGAUCUGCUGGUAUCAGAAGCCAGGCAUAGGUUUGGAUGCCAUCAAUGAUGCUAUGCUUCUGGAAGCAUGUGUCUACCGACUGCUGAAGUUCUGCUGCUGGGAGCAGCCCUAUUACCUGAACCUGAUCUAGCUCUUCCUGCAGAGAACCUAUCAGACUGAGAUUGGACAGACCCUGGACCUCAUCACAGCCCUAAAAGGCAAUGUGGAUCUUGGCAAAUUCACUGAAAAGAGGUACAAGUCUAUUGUCACAUAUAAGACACCUUUCUACUCCUUCUACCUUUCUGUAGCUGCUGCCAUGCAUAUGGCAGGCAUUGAUGGGAAGAAGGAACAUGCCAAUGCCAAGAAGAUCCUGCUGGAGAUUGGGGAGCUCUUUCAGGUUCAGGAUGAUUACCUUGACCUCUUUGGGGACUCCAGGGUGACAGGCAAGAUUGGUACUGACAUCCAGGACAACAAAUGCACCUGGCUGGUGGUUCAGUGUCUUCAACAGGUCUCUCCAGAACAGCACCAGAUCUUGCAGGAGAAUUAUGGGCAGAAAGAUGCUGAGAAGGUGUCCCAGGUGAAGGUGCUGUAUGAGGAGCUGAAUCUGCAGGCUGUGUUUUUGCAGUAUGAGGAAGACACUUACAGCCACCUUAUUAUGGGACUCAUUGAGCAGUACUCACCGCCGCUGCCCCCAGCCAUCUUCCUGAGGCUAGCACACAAAAUACACAAGCAGAAAAAGUAA